GCAAACAGCCAAUUCUCAGUAAAGCAACGAACAAACAAGCCAAAGUCGUGAAAAAUAAGGCAAAGUACGGAUAAGGCAAUCCGUAUUACGGAGGUAGUAACGCUGGUAAUGAAUUGUACAGUACAGUACGACAUCGAUACAAAACCGCCACAGUUGGCUUAUUAGUACUGCAAGCGAUGAACGCUCGCAUGCAGUUGGGAAGCUACAGAGAGAGACUUGGUUACAUGAAGAUGGAGCUACUGACAUAGGCGGUCAUCUCAUGUAUUCCGUUCGAACCCCUGGCAAUGGCCUGAGACAGGCAUUUCGGCGUAUUCGCGACUCUCGCCGCGGCAUCACCACCACCACCGAGACAGGCGAAGAUGUUGCGCAGGCCCGGAAGUACUGUCAAAACCAGCUCAGACAAGGCGAUUACGAUGCGUACCUCAUCCGACAGUUCAUUCCACGGCCGGCGCAAGAUGCCUAUGACGCUCUCCGGACGCUGAACCUCGAGCUAGCCCGCCUCCCCGAGACAGUAUCCAAUCCAACCAUCGGCCGCUUCCGGAUGCAGUUCUGGCGCGACACUGUCAACCGCACCUUUGCUGGCAAUCCGCCGCGAGAGCCAAUCUCGAUCUUGCUGCACAAUGCCGUCACGGAUCUCACCGCAAGAAGCGGCGUUAGCAGCGCAAACUCGCUCAAAUUUUGGCUCCUGCGUUUUAUCAACACGCGUGAGCGGCACAUGGAGAACAAGCCUUUCACAACAUUGGCCGCCCUGGAAGACUACGCCGAGAAUACGUACGCCACCCUAAUGUACAUGACACUGGCAGCGGUGCCUCUUCGGUCGGUACAUAUGGAUCAUCUGGCAAGCCACAUCGGCAAGGCAUGCGGCAUCGUCGCGACGUUGCGCGGCAUUCCUGUCCUUGCUGCACCUUCCCAACCCAUCCAAGGCCCUAGGGGCUCCAAUGUUGGGAACACCCGCAGUCCCACCCUUCUGCUACCCCUCGAUAUCAUGGCUGAAGUUGGCUUGAGGGAGGAAGAUGUCUUCCGCCAGGGACCAGGGGCUGAGGGGUUGCAGGAUGCUGUCUUUCAAGUUGCUACACGUGCCAACGACCACCUCAUUACGGCCCGCGAGAUGCUCAAGAAUUUGCAAGCUGGGAAGGGCCCUGGGCACGACUACGAGCAUCAAGACGAGGGGGAGCAUGUAUAUCCCCAGGAGACGCAUGCGGCUGAGAACACAAGCUCAGAUAUCCAGCGUGGUUUCGGUGUGUUAUUGGAGGCGAUCGCAGCUAGAGACUACUUGCAACGCCUGGAGAGUGUCAAUUUCGACCCAUUCAAGGUCAAGAGUAGUUGGAAGUUGCCGUGGGGCCUGUGGAAAGCACUAAGAAGUCAUCAAAUAUGAGCUCGGUUUGCUGAGGAUUUUGUGUCCAUAAUACGAUGCUGAAUAAAGCUUCUUCCCUUGUCUGAUACUCUUGAGAUGCUGCUCGACUCGGGCAAUUCGUAUCACCACCUAGAACCCUGAUGGACUUUGAAAUUUGCACCGAGCGAUUAAGAACCGGCGGUAGCCGAUGACGCGGAUGCUGACAG